ACCAAGAAUGAUAACAAGAAAUUAAUCGUCGAACUAUGUGACAUAAAAAUAUAUAAUGUCUAAUUUUUAUUUAAUUGAUGAUCCUUUAAUUUUUUACGUGAACGGUAAUUUAAACAUAGGAUACAAAGAUAUGGUAGAUCUAUUUUAUACUUUGUUUGUGCUUAAAGCUAAUUCCUUGAUGUGACGAUCUAAAAUACCUGGAUAUUUGAAUAUCUAAAGAAAGAAAAAGAAUCUAUUAUUAAUUAUUAAUCAUGGUUUUAUUAUUACAAAAUUGGAUUUUAAGCCGAAGGAAAUUGUUUAUUCAAGAAGUUGUAUUAUUCAGAAUUUCUAUGUAUAAAUAUAACAACAUCAAGAAUAUAACAAGGGAAUAUAAUAGAUGUAUUCAAAAAUAUACACCAUUUUUGCAAAACAUAUCAAGAGAAUAUAAUAGUUGUAUUCAAAAAUAUACACCAUUUUUGCAAGUAAGACAUUUUUCUGAUAAAAACAAUAAAGAAGAUAAAGAACUAAUAUAUAUAGGAACUAUGAAAAAUAAAGUUAUUAGUCUUAAAGUAUUGUCUUUAGUGUCAACAGCAUUAUCAAUAGCUUUUCAACCAUAUUUGUUUAUGAAACUCAUGGAAGAAGAUAGUCUAACAACUAUGAUACUAAUUUUGACAUUGUUCAAUUUAAUUACUAUAGGAAAUCCUAUUUUCAUACAUUUUGUAACAAAAAGAUAUGUAAUUGAAAUGCAUCAUCAUCCUAAAGAAGAAAAAUAUAGUGCUACAGUAUAUACAUUAUUUCUCAGGCGUAAAACGAUAAAAUUUACUCCAAAUGAUGUAACUGAAGGUAAAUAUCAUUUUUCAUUACCAAUAUCAACUUGCUAUAUAAAAAAUAAACCCUUAUUUUUUUUGGAACAAAAUUUUUUAAAUCAUGAACACUAUUUUACUCUAAUGAAUUAUAAUAAACCUAUAGAUUUUCAAAUGGAAUCAUUAAAUGUAAAUGCAAUCAAUCAAUCUCCAAUUGUUAAUACAAGUGCUCAAAUAGAAAACAAAAAUGAAAAUUUGAGAGAAAAAAAAUAAUUUAACUUGUAUAGUUUUAUUUAUUA